CUGGUUGCUGGUUUGGUUCUUUGGGUUCGUUCGGUUGGUUCGGAAACUUUUUGUAACCUCAAAAAAGUGAUAUUAUGACAGAUAAGAUACUGCACUGCAUAAGUAACGAAUGCGAUUAUUAAGCAGUUAUACUUGAUUAGUUAAUUCGCAUCAUUUCGUUGAGUUUCUGUGACAACAAUGGCUGAUUCAGAUGAUGAAAAUUUUGUGACAUUUGGAAACGCUCUAGAACCAUUAGACGAAGAGAGUUUACCAAGGAAAAAGCCAGUUACAAUAGAAGAUCAAUAUGCAGUCGAUGCACAAGGAAGACGAAGAUUUCAUGGUGCCUUUACGGGCGGAUUCUCAGCAGGUUAUUUCAAUAGUGUUGGGACACGAGAUGGAUGGAGACCUCAACAAUUCAAAUCAUCAAGAAGCAGUAAAGCUGGCGGUGUUUCACAGCGUCCUGAAGAUUUUAUGGAUGAAGAGGAUACAAGUGAAUUUGGAAUAGCACCAACGGCCAUAAGAGCACACAGUGAUUUUACAGAUCACGGCAGAAGAGGCACAAAGCGAGAACGGCAGAGACCGGACAAUGAUGGUCCUAUUCCUGGUGUGCCUGUUCUGAAAGAAUUAUUGAAACCUGCCAAGGAUACGGUUGGUGUGACUCUGCUAAAGAAAAUGGGUUGGCGGCCGGGUCAGGGAAUCGGACCACGGAUUACAAAGCGUGAGAAAGUUAGAACGAAGCAGAGGAACGACAGAGUUAAAGUUUAUGGCUGUUCGCUUCCAAAUCAGGAGGAAAAAGUAGAAGACACGGAUUCUGAAGCUUCGGAAGAUGCUAACGAAGAGAUACUCUUUGCUCCGGACGAUUAUGAGCCCUUUAUCUGCAACCCAAAGGACAAUUACUUCGGUAUCGGUUACACGGGACUGGACAGACGUCCAGUUCUCUCAGGUCACGUGAAUCUUUUUGAGGAACCAACGUCUUUCAAGCUUCAGGAGAAGAACAAAAAGUUGUCGAUACGUGGUCAGGCUUUCGGGGUCGGAGCUUUCGAGGCUGACGACGAGGAUAUUUAUGCGCGCGACGACAUGUCCCGUUACGAUUUUGCUCUCGGGCCCGAGAAAAAAGCAGUGAAAUCCCGCUGGUCCGAGAAACACAACGAAAGCUCCAAAGAAAAUUAUUUGGAAGGUUUUGUCCCGGCGACUAAGAAUCUCGAGAGAAAAAAAACCUUCGAUCCGCCAGAAUUACCAAGGGACUUCGAGCCUGUACACACCGUCCGGAAGAGCCGUUUCCAUCCGCCGAUUGAGCCAAUUGCCAAUAGCCAGAAUACUCGGAAUAAGGGUCUGGCACGUCCUGACUUGAGCGCCACCGAUAGAGCCAGAAUCCUGGGUGAAUCGUCCCAAAAUUUUCAAUGCACAACCCUUUCAAGCCCGGUGCAGGGUAUCAUCGACUCGAAACCAACGAGCGUUGCUAGUAAUAUAAUAACGAGAACGUUGAACCUUCACGGAAAGGAACAAACAGCAGAAAGAAAACAGCAAGAUUCGCGAAAUAAAUCAGCGAGCGCUGCGUGGUUGGAAAAAUUGAGUUCCAAAAGUUUCGUCAGCGGUGGCGUUGAAAACAGAGAUUCCGGAGCUUCCGGCAGCUUGAAAAAUCUCCAGGAUUUCAAGACCGACAUAGCCGGAAGUCGUGUGCCCAAACCAUUCGUCAUGGAUCCGGAAAAACAGUCGAGGUUCGAAAAAUUUGUCGCGUUAGUAAAGAAAGGAGAGAAAAAUAAAUUAGAGAGUAUUCAGCCUUUAUCAAUGACGGAAUGGGAAAGACAACAGGAGAGCCACGAGUUUGAGCAAGCGAUAAGAAUCUUCGAUGUAUCAGAACCCGUGGAAGAAAGUCCGAAGAGCUUUCCCACGAGCACUUCCGCCGAUCCGACAAUGAGUGGCAAAUUCGUUGGCACCGGUGAAAUCGUAGUACAAUCGCAGACCGAGACUGCUGAAGAACAGAAAAAGAGUGCGGCGAAAAUGAAGCUCUUUGGCAAACUAACGAGAACACGAGAACCAUGGCAACCGGCUAGUAUCGUUUGCAAGAGAUUCAACAUCCCGGAGCCUCGGAGCGGAUGCCCCAAGAUGGAAAAAACGACGAAAAACAAAAGAUGCUCGGUUUUCGAAUCCCUCGAUUUUGGCGCGAUCACAAGCAAAUUCGAAGGCUCCACAGAGCCAGAAAAUUCAACGCAGCCACACAUUCCGUACGUGCCAAAAGAGAAUCCGAGGGAUGAAACGGUCGCGUGCACCGGGAUCUUCGACUCCUCGGAUAUUGACCCUUCAUCGAACAAAGUUACCGAAAAAAUGCGAAGUUUCGAGGUUUCUUAUGAAAAAGUCUUCGGUCGCAGUGGUCUUUCUACGAGUGUUAAUGAUCCUGCGAAAGACCUGAAUAGUACGGACCUCCAAGAGCAGCAGGAACACCCAUCUCCUUCGGAAGAAAGUACUUCGGUGGUUGCCGAAGCAAAAGGCAGUUCGGCGGAGAAAAAAGAUCUUUUUAAGGCGAUUUUCCUGAGUAGUAGCGAGGACUCCGAGUCGGACAAUGGCGAUAACGAUGAGGACGACACCGAAGCAGUGAAAUCCUUGCUCAUAGGCAAAGCACCUAGUCAAUUGAACCUUCAAAGAAACAAUUCGCCACCUCGAGGAAUUUUCGCCAAGCUCGAUCUCGAUAGUCUUUCAAAACCGAGGAAAGUUGCGAGCUCACUCGGAGCUGAAGAAUCUUCGUCUAAAAGCCAAUCGGUCGAUGAGAAAAGCGACACAAUCGAGACGAAUAACGGGGAAGUUGAAAAAAGCACGAGCUCGAUUCCCAGCACACAGGAAAUUGAUCUUUUGCCAGAUAUGUACGGUCCCGCACUCCCGACAAGGACUCUCAAGAAUUUUGAAAAUUCCCUCAAAGACGAAGGAUCGUCUUCGAGAGACUCGGUAUUCCAGAAGCCGAUUUUCAAAAGCGUCGUUGUUACGAAGAAAGACUCUGAGUACAGCGACCGAAUAAAGGGAAAGUGGGUCGAACGUAGCAAAUCGAAAAAAUCGAAGAAAGAUAAACACAAACACAAACACAAAGAAAAAGAACGCUCGAAGCACAAACACAAAUCAAAGAAAGACAAACGCUGAUGGAAUUGUGAUUGUUAUUACCGUUAAAUAAAUUGAAUUUUGUCGGUA